UAAAAAAAAAAUGGAUGACAUGUGCACUUAUGUAAUCAAUCGUCCCCCAUUCAAAAAAAAUAAAAUACUGCUACUAAUAAAGUGACAUGUGCACAUAUGUAAUGAUCCAAUACAUAUUCAAGAUUUUAAACUCUACUAUAUAUAUACAAGUACCUGCUCUCCAUAUCUUCAUUCCAAUUCAUCUUCAGCAAUAAACAACUUACCAUCAUUCAGCUUUUUUUGAUUAAUUCUUUACCUCUUUCACCAUCAAAUCAAUGGCAAUCAAAGUCCACGGCAGCACUUUCUCCACUGCAGCAAUGAGAGUUUUCGCUUGCCUCAACGAAAAGGGUCUCGAUUUCGAGUUUGUUCCCGUCGACAUGAGAUCCGGUGCCCACAAAAAGGAGUCCUUCCUUUCCCUCAACCCAUUCGGUCAAGUCCCCGCCUUCGAAGAUGGAGACCUCAACCUCUUUGAAUCAAGGGCGAUAAAUCAAUACAUAGCGCAUACGUACGCCGACAAUGGAACUCCGUUAUUGUACCUUGAUCCGAAAAAGAUGGCGAUUGCGACUGUGUGGGCGGAGGUGGAAGCUCAAAAGUUCGACGGACCAGCUUCAAAGUUAACAUGGGAACUUGGUCUUAAGCCGCUAUUGGGAAUGGCGACAGAUGAUGCUGUUGUUGAACAGCAAGAAGCCCUGCUUUGUAAGGUUCUUGAUGUGUACGAAGCUCGAUUGGCCGAGUCAAAAUACUUGGGCGGUGACCGGUUCACUUUAGCCGAUCUCCAUCACCUUCCUACAAUGAGUUACUUGAUGGCAACUCGAGUCAAGGCAUGUUUCGAUUCACGACCACAUGUGAGCGCUUGGUGCGCGGAUAUCUCGGCAAGGCCUGCAUGGGAAAAGGUUGUUGCCAUGAAAAACAAUCAGUGAGCUUAAAAGUGUCUUUCGUUUUUUUUUCCCGUAAUUGCAGCGCUUGUUCUUCCUUCUCACUCUCGUGUUCUGCUUGCGUUUUUUUUCCUGUUUCGAGUCUUGAAUCAGAAAGACAAUAAAAAGAGUCUCGUCGACAAGUCAUUGAACUUGGUUUAUGUAAUUUGUGAGUUCUGUAAUACAAUUACACCUUCUGCUGUUGAAAUAUUUCGUCUCUUAACAAACUUGGACGACAUGU